AGACUGAAGAUUCCUCAAACUACCAAUGAGUUUGGCCGUGUUACGUUGUGUUCGGUCCUACUCCUUUUACUAAUUACGUGUGUGAUGCCCGGGAGUCGCUCCAGCACGGACCCAGAUCAUAAGUCACCGCGAGAAAGUGGUGAGGAUUCCGAGGAUGAAAGCGAGAUCCUGGAAGAGAGCCCCUGUGGGCGGUGGCUCAAACGCCGGGAGGAGGUAUAUGUAGGUUCUAAACCAUCAUCAACUGAAGGAACCAGUUUUGGUACAAGCAGAGGUAGCGAAAACGAAACAACUGAAAUGGAGGUAGAGCAACAAGAUGUUCCAGGAAUUGACUGUGCUUAUUUAGCAAUGGAUACAGAAGAAGGUGUAGAAGUGGUAUGGAAUGAAGUACAAUUUUCAGAAAGAAAAAAUUUCAAAGCACAAGAAGAAAAGAUACAACUUGUCUUUGAGAAUCUCACGCAAUUGGAGCACCCUAAUAUUGUCAAAUUCCAUAGGUACUGGACGGAUACCCAUAAUGACAAACCACGAGUUAUAUUUAUAACAGAAUAUAUGUCAUCUGGAUCCUUGAAACAGUUCCUAAAAAGAACCAAACGUAAUGUAAAAAAAUUGCCUCUUCAAGCAUGGAAACGAUGGUGUACGCAAAUACUUUCAGCAUUAAGCUAUCUGCAUUCCUGUUCUCCUCCUAUUAUUCAUGGGAAUCUUACGUGCGAUACGAUAUUUAUCCAACAUAAUGGACUUGUAAAAAUUGGUUCAGUUGCACCUGAUGCAAUUCAUCAUCAUGUCAAGACUUGUAGAGCAAACAUGAAGAAUAUGCAUUUUGUUGCCCCAGAAUAUGGAAAUUCUGUGACACCCGCUAUUGAUAUUUAUUCUUUUGGAAUGUGCGCAUUAGAAAUGGCUGCACUUGAAAUUCAAGGGAAUGGUGAUAGCGGAACAAUUGUAACAGAUGAAAACAUCAGGAAAACAAUCGAAUCUUUAGAUGAUAGUCAACAAAAAGAUUUUAUACGCAAGUGUCUCGAAGUGGAUCCUCUGUGUAGGCCAAGCGCAAGAGAACUGUUAUUCCAUCCGGUUUUGUUUGAAGUACAUUCUCUAAAGCUCCUAGCAGCGCAUGCCUUGGUCAACUCGGCCACAAAUAUUUCAGAAACGAUAACGGAUGAAGUUUUGCAAAGGUUGUAUGGUCCAGAUACAGUAGUCGCAGAAAUAAAAUACCAGGGUCGAUCGGUACAACAAAUUCGCUUAAGUGACAUACCUGUUACUGAAAAGCUAGAGAAAUUUGUUGAAGAUGUAAAAUAUGGAAUAUAUCCUUUAACUGCAUUUAUGGCAAAGUUGCCUCCACCUGCUCGACCAAGAGCUAUAUCUCCAGAAGUAACAGAAUCUGUUAAAUCUGUAACACCGGAACCAGUAGAUGUGGAAUCACGAAGAGUAGUUAAUAUGAUGUGUAAUGUUAAACCUAGAGAAGAAAGUUGUGAAUUACUUAUGACAAUAUUGUUACGAAUGGAUGAUAAGAUGAAUAGGCAAUUGACGUGCCCUGUGACUCAAUCAGAUACUUCAUUAAUCCUUGCACAGGAACUUGUACACUUUGGAUUUAUUAACGAGAAUGAUCGCGACAAAAUAGCCAAUUUAAUUGAAGAAGCAUUGAGGAGUUGUUUUAAUAAGCAAAUGAUGAUGCCAGGAAUGGUAUCGUUAACCAAUCUUCCUACACAGACUACUUUGUUGCUGCCUGGUCCAGAAUUUUCCUGUUUACAACACUUUGAUAAUGCUAUGUGCAAUGCUACCACAUCCAACAGUGAUAAUGCAAAUAAUUUGCUGCCAAAAAUCUCAGGUCUUUCUGUGUCAAGUAAUAAAACAAAUAAGAGUCACGAUGAAGUAGAACCACCAACGAUUACCGAAAGUGGUAGUUAACCAUCCAGGACGUUUGGUAAAUCAGUUCACUGUGCCACUUUGCACGCUCUAUGUAUAGACUGGCUAUGUAUUUUUAUAUUUAAGUAAAGAGAAGAAGAGAUUGAAAGUAUAGGAGAAGAGGCGCCGUGGCUGGCUGAAUCAUUAAGCUAAUCUAAGCAGCUCUAGUACGAACGAAUAGUACGCUUGUGCAAAGCAUUUCAUGACAGUCAAAUACUAACGAUCCUCCAAACUUUUAACAACAUUUUUCAAAGUUUUUACGCCUUCUUUCGAAUUUAUUUGGAAAUUAAGGGUCACCGCAAGUAUAUUUCCUUUUAAAUGAGAUGCUUUUUUUUUUUUUUUUAUCGAGACAAAUAUGUUUGUCGAAACAUGUCUUUCUCAUAUUCCGGUAUACUUGUAUUCGUUGAAGUAGAAGCUCGAUCUGUGUUACUACUUUAUGCACAACUGCGUGAAUAAUUUCAUAAAGUAGCAACGAUCUUUGUUACGAACGAUAUGGACAGAUAUAUAGUUGGAAUUAUAUUAUUUUUACUUACAUAUUUUAAAUUAACGAAUAUAAAUUGAAAUUUUGUGAUAUAAUCAUAAAGGAAAUGGCCAUUACAUUUCAAAUGUACACGAAUAAUGCUUUAUUGUAUAAUACAUGUACGAAUAAGCGUUGUGCCAUCAAAUAUCUUCUUUAGUAAGACAAAACUGCUCUUUAUGAAUCAGCACUAUUUACUUAUAUGCGUUUAUAUUUAAACAUUUCGUAACUGUUCAAGAAUGAAUAAUGCUCAAUAUGGUGCUAA